UCAUUUAUUUUAUUUAUUAAAAUAAAAACAAACUUUUUUUUACUGUUUUUUUCCAAACAAAUAAAAAUGUUUUAUCAGAAAGUAAUAGUAAUUAAAAUCUUAAUCAUAUUAACGAUAUCAUUGUUUACGGCUUAUGGUGACUAUGGGUGCGGACUUAGUGGUAAUACCUGUAGCUACGAGUGCUUCUACUACUGUGUGACUGCCGGUUACGGAUCGGGUGGGUGUCGGGGCUCCAAAUGUUUGUGCUCAUGGAAUGUUAUCAAUGAGACAGCUAUGGCACAGAGUCAACAACAUAACAGUCCCGUAGAUAAUGGAAAUACACGUUAUCCUCCUAUAAACAAUGGUAAUACUAUGCCUAACCGAUUUGGUACACAACAAAACGGUCAACUGUCCACUAGAAAUGUACCGCAAAAUAGUAACAGUAAUACUAACGGUAUUAAUAAUAAUGAUAAUAAUAACCCGUUUGGUCAACAAUCCCAACAAUCCCAACAACAACAGCCAUAUGUUGAUCAACCAUUUAGUGGCAAUCAAUUUGGUGGCGGAAAGGCAUAUCUAGCUAACGGUUUCAACGGUAAUUCAACAUUAGUUAAACCUAAAAAAUAUUUUAAAAAAUAAUGUUUUUUAACCGAUAAUAACUGAUAUAAUGACUUAUUAUUAUAUAAUUUAAAAUCAU